UUUGGGUCUGUCGGGGUCGGGAGCGCCGGGCACCGGUUCCCAGCAGGGACCCCUCCGUGCAGUUGAAGGAUGAGAAGUAGUAAGGAGCCGUUUUUUGUGAAGUUCAUAAAGUCUCACGGGAGCUCGGAGUAUUUUUCUAAAGCUCUUGAGUCUAUAAAAGAAUUCCAGUCAGAAGAACAUCUCCAGAUCCUUGAAGAGAAAACAGUACUCAAUAUAAAAGAAAAUGAUAAAUCACUUUACAUUUGUGAUCCUUUCAGUGGUGUGGGUUUCAGUCAUCUCAAGAAGCUUGGCUGUAGGAUUGUUGGACCACAGGUCGUUCUGUACUGCAUGCAGUCGCAGCGGUGUGUCCCGAGAGCCGAGCAUCCUGUGUACAACAUGACCAUGGCCGAUGUCACAGUGUCCUGUACCAGCCUGGAGAAGGACGUGAGGGAAGAAGUUCAUAAAUAUGUGCAAAUGAUGGGUGGAUGUGUAUACAGAGAUCUCAAUGUGUCAGUAACUCAUCUUAUAGCUGGAGAAGUUGGCAGCAAGAAAUACUUGGUAGCUGCUUCUCUGAAGAAACCUAUUUUGCUUCCCUCUUGGGUUAAGACUUUGUGGGAUAAGUCUCAACAAGGCAUGAUGAGGUACACUGAUGUUAACAUGGAAGACUACGCCUGUCCUGUGUUCCUUGGCUGCACGAUUUGUGUCACUGGCUUAAGCAGCUCCGACAGGAAAGAAGUGCAGCGCCUCACUGCUGAGCACGGUGGGCAGUACACGGGGCAGCUCAAGAUGAAUGAAUGCACUCACCUCAUAGUGCAAGAGCCAAAAGGUCAGAAGUAUGAAUGUGCCAAAAAGUGGAAUGUGCACUGUGUGUCAGUGCAGUGGUUUUCUGACAGCAUCAAGAAAGGCUUCUGUCAGGAUGAGACAAUGUAUAAAAUAGAGGCUGGAUCACAACUGAGUAAUGCACCCAGUACAUCAACACCUACAAAUGACACCAGCAAGCCUCCCAAUCACGCCUUUUCCGAUGUCAGCCACAUUUCCAAUAUCAAUUUGAGUGGUGUUAAUGAAACUGCAUGUAGUUCAGCUAUGAGCAGCAGACUGGAUCCUGUUUCUGAUGAGCUGGAAAACCUGGACAUAAGUUCUUUUCAAGCCGCUGAAGAUUUGCUAGAUGGGUGUCGAAUCUAUCUCUGUGGCUUCAGUGGCAGGAAGUUGGACAAGAUGAGAAGGCUUAUUAAUUGUGGUGGUGGCGUUCGAUUUAAUCAACUUAAUGAAGAUGUUACUCAUGUCAUUGUGGGGGAAAAUACUGAUGAGCUGAAACACUUUUUGGACAAGACAGCUCACAGGCCUCAUAUAGUGACAGCAAAGUGGUUGCUGGAGUCAUUUGGUAAAGGUUGUCUAUGUCCAGUGGAGCACUAUAUCCCUCUAAACUACCAGCUGUUAGAGAAUCCAAUUUUAGAACAACCUGGAAUGAAGUCAAUUUUUCCCAAAAAAGCCAGUCUCUUGAAGAAAGAUGCUGUGAACAUUAUAAAGCACCAGAAAACUGCUGAAGAUGACUUCCUCUCUCAAUAUGCAGAUAACUAUUCUGCACUAGAUGAAGUUGAAAAACUAACAUCCAGAACCUUCAGUGAUGUUACUAGCUCGACUGCCCAAGGAGAGAAUCAGCCUUCUGUCUGUAAUGGGUCUUUGGCAGAGUCUUCUGCACUGGCUGAAGGAGGCUUAUUUUUCAGGAAGAGAUUUUUUCUUCUGGGUUUUAGUGAAGAGGACGAAUCCUGCCUUGCAGAUAUUAUUAAGGAGAAUGCUGGGGAAGUUCUGCCACUGCAAAGCAGAACCAUUGCAGACUAUGCUGUGGUACCUUUGUUAGGGUGCACUGUGAAGGCAACUGUUGGUGAUGUCGUCACAAAUACAUGGCUGAUAACGUGCGUGGAACAACAGGCCCUUUUGGAUCUCAGAUCCAAUCCACUUUUCACACCAGUCCUGGUAAUGGAAGGAGCUACCCCUCUGGAAGAUUGUGUUCUUUCUUUCAGCCAGUUCACAGGUGCAGAGAGAGACUCCCUUGCUUAUCUGGCAGAGCUGCUGGGAGCCAGAGUCCAAGAAUUCUUUGUGCGGAAGGCCAGUGCAAAAAAAGGGAUGUUUGCCAGCACCCAUCUUGUGGUGAGAGAACCGAACGGCUCCAAGUAUGAAGCUGCGAAGAAGUGGAAUUUGCCAGCAGUCACUGUAGCUUGGCUUUUGCAGUCUGCAAGGACAGGAAAGAGGGCAGAUGAAAGCAAGUUCUUGGUUGAAAAUGCAGAGGCUGAAGAUACAGAGAGUUUCAUUACUCAGCUUAGCAAGACACCAGCGACUGUAAAAUCUCCUAAUUUUGAACAGCCUAUUCAUAUUCUUGAAGCUGGAAAAAAAGGACCUGUGACCCCCCUUGAUAUCAACAGGUUUCAGAGUAAAGCUUUCCAAGCUGUAAUCUCUCAUCAUACUGGGAAGACAACUCCUGUUGCACAAGGGGGAGCACUUCAGAAAGAACCAUCUUUAAAUCUUGACACACCAUCAAAGUUUCUUUCCGAAGACAAGAUCUUCAAGCCUUCUUUUGAUGUGAAGGAUGCUCUGGAAGCUCUGGCAACUCCUAGAGGUUUUGAACAAAGAAACAGGAAACUGAGCACACCUCUCUCCGAAGUCAUUGGCAGAAACUUGAAACUGGCACUGGCAAGCAGCACAACUCAUGCAGCAGCUCUUACUGCCAGCCCUCAGUUGGCUGCUGCACAGCCAGAAGUGGAAGAAGAGCCCAAGCCUCUAGCUGGUGCUGUUAUAUAUGUUAGUAAAAAACUUUGUAAGAGGCAAAGGGAGCUGAAUGCAGUAGCAGCUUCUCUUGGAGCAGACUACAGAUGGUGCUUUGAUGAAACAGUAACACACUUCAUCUAUAAGGGCGGACAGAAUGAUAACAAUAAGGAGUACAAAUCUGUUAAAGAACGGGGUAUACAUAUUGUUUCAGAACAUUGGCUUUUAGAGAGUGCCCAAGAAUGUAAAUGGCUUCCUGAAUCUCUUUUUCCUCACACUUACAAUCCCAAAAUGAGCCUGGACAUCAGUGCAGCGCAAGACAUCAGGCUCUCCUCCUCCUUUCUUUCAACUGGAAAACCAGCUGAGGAAAAUGAGAUUAUUCCAGAGGAUGAAGAUGAUGUAACUACUGACCAAAUAAAGGGAACGGUCACUGUAGAAGAACAAACUGUAGCAAGUGAAUCCAAAGGAGUUUUAACCCAAGCACUAGAAAUGAGGGAGAACUUCCAGAAGCAGCUGCAGGAGCUCAUGUCUGCCACAUCACUAGUGAAACCACAAGGGCAUAGAGGAUCCCUUUCAAGGAGCAGCUUUGAUGGCUCUCCAGCCACUCCCGACAGCGCACGGUCUGUGCGAAAUGGCCGCAGUAGGGUCUUGGAAGCUCUAAGGCAGUCCCGCCAGGCACUGGCAGAUGUAAAUACAGAGCCAUCCCAGAGCGAGCAGAUCAUUUGGGAUGAUCCUACUGCGAGGGAAGAGAGAGCAAGACUUGUCAGCAACCUUCAGUGGCCUAACAGUCCCUCUCAGUACCUUGAGCAAGGUCAGAGUAACACCAAUAAGAACGUGGAUGAGUCUGCCUUCAAAGGAUCCGUACCUGAUGCAGAGAUGGCUGGUAUAGAUGUUCCUGAGGCUGGGCAUGGAGAUGUGACUGAAAGGCUGAAGAAUCCCAUAUGUAGAGAUCCCGAAACACCCAUUAAGGAUAACUUGAUCCCUACUCCACAGGCACCCAGCAUUGCUUUCCCCCUGGCUAACCCUCCUGUGGCACCAGAGCCCAAAGAAAAGGUUGUUACUGAAGAUAAGAAGGUUGAUGAAGAAACAGAAAAAUUCCGUAAAUUUCAACUGUCUUCUCUUAAUCCUCAAGAAAGAAUUGAUUACUGCCAUCUGAUUGAGAAAUUAGGUGGAAUAGUGCUUGAGAAGCAGUACUUUGAUGCGAGCUGCACACACAUUGUUGUGGGACAUCCUCUUCGCAAUGAGAAAUUCUUGGCCUCGAUGGCGGCUGGCAAGUGGGUGCUUCACCGUUCCUACCUGGAGGCGUGCAGGGGAGCUGGCUGCUUUGUUCAGGAAGAAGACUAUGAGUGGGGAAGUAACUCCAUACUUAAUGUUUUGUCUGGAAUCAAUGUAAACCAGAAGAAACUAGCAGUGGCAGCCAUGAGGUGGAGGAAAAAAAUUCAUAAAGGGAAGCAAGAAACAGGUGUUGUUGAGGGUGCUUUCAGUGGUUGGAAAGUGAUCCUGAAUGUUGAUCAAACCAAGGAGGCAGGAUUCAGGCGCCUUCUUCAGUCGGGAGGAGCAAAAGUGUUCUCUGGCCAUUCUGCUUCUCUCUUUAAAGAAGCAACUCACCUCUUUGCUGACUUCAGCAAACUGAAGCCAGAGGACUCCAGGGUGGACGUGGCAGAGGCAGCAGCCCAGGGAGUGAACUGCCUCAAACCCGAGUACAUCGCUGACUACCUCAUCCAGGAUCCACCUCCCCCUAUGGAGUCUUACUGCUUGCCAGAAGCUGUGUCUUACCCUCAGAAUAACUCAGAUCUUGGAAUUGGAUCAUCCCAGAAAAGAAAAGCACUGGGAGAAAUGAGCAGAGUCAAGCGAUCCAGAAUACACUAAGCAUAUUCUCUGAUCUUAAUUUGUACAUUUUAAAAUUCAUAUUUAUAUUUUUUCAUUCUUGCCCAAAAAAUUAAAAGCUUUGAGUUUCACUUUUAAUUUGUCCUGAGAUUAAAA